GCCUCAUCCGCCUGCGCAUUUGCGGCAGCAACCGGUGAUUUACUGAUCCGCAUAGACGUGCCGGGCAUUGAAUGCAGGCAUCGGUAUCCGGCAGCCCUUGGCGCACGUUCGCUCGCCGCCCGACGACGGCACGGCGAAGACACCCCCGUCCCGAGUUCGAGGCGUCCCCCUGCGAGUCGCGGCCCCGAGCUCCAAGUCCCCCCCACCACUCCUCCACCGGACAGUCAGACCCGCCACGAUGAACCAGCCCCAGCAAUACCAGCCGCCCCGGCGGACAGGGACCUUCUCUUCGCAGCACGACGAACUGCACAUGUCGUCGGCCAUGUCCCAUCAGAACCAACCAAUGUCGCCCCGCGACUACCAGGCCGCUGGUGCUGCCCCGCAUAUCAAACUCGACCAGGCGUCGUCGAGCCUACCUCAGCUGCCUGGCUACCAAUCUGGCGGCACCGUGCCAAACGUGUUGCAGCCCGGCGGGUUGGGCUCCCGGCAGCAGCCCACGAUCCCCUCGAACAGUGUUCCUUCGACCAUGCCCGGUAUGCAGCAACAGCCCGAAUAUCAAUCGCAUCAGCACCAGAAGCCCAACUCGCUGAGCUUGUCGCACGCCUACUCGCGCUCCAGCCCCGCGGCGCCCUACGAAAGCGGCGGAUCGAACUACAUCCCCUACUCGCCGACCACCCCCGGCGGCACCGCGUCCUCGACCCAGUUCAUGUCUCCGACGGAUACUAAAUACAACCCCCCAAAUUCCCAACGAAACGUUUCCAACACCCCACUCGGUCUUGCGGAUAUUCGGCCCCGCGCCGACUCGACCCUGUCAGAUGGUUUGCCCGGCACGCCUGGCUACGAGACGGCAAAUCUCCAGCCGCGGACCAGCAAUUACAUGGCUCCGUGGCCGCUCUACGCCUUUGACUGGUGCAAAUGGGUCCCUCAAGGCAGCGGCGCUGGAAAGCUUGCCAUUGGAAGCUACUUGGAAGAUGGGCAUAAUUAUAUCCAAAUCCUCGAAGCUCAGCUCACGCCCACGCCUUCGGAUGUCUAUGUCCCUGGUGGAUCCAAAUGGGCCAUGGACUUCACCAAAAUCGCAGAGGCCACACAUUCGUAUCCCGUCACCCGCUUGCUCUGGGAGCCGCCGUCGUCCCAGAAGCAGUCGACAGAUCUGCUCGCUACUUCGGGCGACCACCUCCGCCUGUGGUCGCUCCCUUCAGAGCCCCAGCCGCCUACCCCCGGGUCGACGAUCACGUCAAGGAACGGCCGCGACAUGCCCGUUACGAAACUCACCCCGCUGGCUCUCCUGUCCAACUCCAAGACACCCGACCACACAGCCCCGCUGACCUCCCUGGACUGGAACACAGUAAAUCCGAGUCUGAUUAUCACCUCGAGUAUAGAUACCACAUGCACUAUCUGGGAUAUCCCAUCCCUGACGGCAAAGACGCAACUUAUUGCGCACGACAAGGAGGUGUACGACGUCCGCUUCUGUGCCCAGAGCAGUGACGUGUUUGUGAGCUGCGGCCAGGACGGCAGCGUCCGAAUGUUCGACCUGCGGAGCUUAGAGCACAGCACCAUCAUCUACGAGCCCUCAGCCAAGGACGAGCGAGAUGCCAACGGCGGCCGCAUCAGCCCGACGCUAGCCCAACAAACGCUCUCCCACCCGCCGCCGCUCCUGCGACUCGCGACCUCGCCACACGACCAGCACCUCCUGGCGACCUUCGCCCAAGACUCCAACGUGGUCCGCAUCCUCGACGCGCGCCAGCCGGGCCAGGCGCUCCUCGAGCUGCGCGGGCACGCCGGCGCGGUCAACUGCGUCGAGUGGUCGCCCCUGCGCCGCGGCACGCUCGCCUCGGGCGCCGACGACUGCCAGGUCCUGAUCUGGGACCUGAUGAACCACCACCACCACCAACCGGUCAACGGCGCCGCCGCCGACGGCAGCAGCAGCAGCAGCAGCAGCAGCAGCACCAGCGUGCGCAGCCCCGUGGCCAGCUGGCAGUGCGAGUACGAGGUCGGCAACCUCGGCUGGGUGCCGCACCUGGCCACGGGCGAGUACGGCGAGUGGCUGGGCGUGAGCGCCGGCCGCGGCGUGUGGGGCGUCAGGCUAUGAUGAUGAUGAUGAUGAUGCUGUGAUGUUCGCUGUUGAUGAGCACCAUGUCUACUUCAAGUGUGGGAAACGGGGCGUGACGGGGAGGACGGCGGGAUAGAGCACAGCAAUGCCGUGACAGCCCUUUUCCCCCCUCUCCUCCGUCCCUUCCCCGCCCCUUCCCCCGACUCCGGGGGAGAAGGGGACUUACGGCGUAAGACCUAUAGUGGUAUUUUGUCAUCUGGGGCUGGACAGGCAGCAGGAAGCGGCAAAGCGGGAAGCAAACAUGCAAAGCGAGCAAAGCAAGCAUGGCACUACCUUCCUACGGAUUAGUGGGAGUGCCCGGUAGUUGACGAGUUGUUGUUGUUUGUUGCUGUACAUGUGUGGACAGCUUGGGUCAUCCAUACGGCUGGUUGAGGAUACACCGGUCACUGUUGUUUUUGUCAUGCAUUAACAUUGUUUUGUGUUUUGGGGGAAGGGGGGACGGGCGGAGACGGGAACGGGGGGCGGUGAUGUCGCAGCAAAAAAUGUUGUUGGAUGCCCAUGCUAUACCCAUAGGGGAGCAAAUGGAGGGCAAGAAAAACAUGCGGGGGAGGGAGGAAUGAAUGCUCACUCAGUUGCCCCGUGUUUGUCUUGAA